AUGUACAGGACAGCCAUGUGGUCGAGACGAACGUGUAUGGGAUGGAGCAACGGCCGUGGCAACCGGGGAGCGUGGGCCGCCGGAAAUUGCCCUCUCGGGCAUAGAGGGGCGCAUUCGGCGCGGGAUGAUCUUAGCUCUGGGCUGCCCUCGAGUCUGCGACUGGGGGAGUGGAUUCGCAGUGGGGCUUUGGGCAGGCCUGUUGCUGCAGGCCGUCGGUCGCGUCUGCACAUGUGCCCUGCGCUAAGCGGGGCCUUGAUGCAAGCCACCGCACCGCACCCGAUUGUGCGCUUGCACCGCACCGCACCGCACCACGCACGGGGGGACGAGGGCGGAGGUGACGCCAGACGCGUAGUGCCGUUGCUGGCGGAGAUUUGGUCCAUACGACGGCCACCAGCGAUGCUAGCGGGCGGCAGCAGUGCAUUUGGGCCUCUUGGGCUAUUGCACGCCGCCCACUCAAGCCUGUCACUGCCGCGGGUGGUGAAGGCGGGCGUGGGCGUGGGCGCUGGGCGCGGGAGUGGACGUCGAUGUGGAUGCGGUCGUCGAGGUAGUGGUGAUAAUGAUGGGUGGGUGGGGGUGCGGCUAUCCCAGCCGGGGGUCGUCGGCUGGGUGAAUGGGGCACUGCACGGCCGCCGCGCCGCGAAUCAGCGUCACGCCGCGCGCUCGCAGGCCAUGGAGAGCAACGCCGCCGCCCGCCAACGCUCCUUGACCCUGGCCAAGCACCCCUGCACCACUGACAGUCGACCCCUGUCCGACUAUUCAUGA